AUGCAGCAUGCAGCUAUAAAAAGUGGACAGAUUUUCAUUGUUUUGAUUUGGAAUGUAACAAUAUCUCCUGUUGGUUAUCUCCUUCCUUUCUCCACUGGCCCCAACUCUAAGCAGUAUUCCACUGAACUGAAGAAACUGUACUGCCAAAUUGCAAAGACAUGCCCCAUCCAGAUCAAGGUGAUGACCCCGCCUCCUCAAGGAGCUGUUAUCCGUGCCAUGCCUGUCUACAAAAAAGCUGAGCACGUCACUGAGGUGGUGAAGCGGUGUCCCAACCAUGAGCUGAGCCGUGAAUUCAAUGAGGGACAGAUUGCCCCUCCUAGUCAUUUGAUUCGAGUAGAGGGGAACAGCCAUGCCCAGUAUGUAGAAGACCCCAUCACAGGAAGACAGAGUGUGCUGGUACCUUAUGAGCCACCCCAGGUUGGCACUGAAUUCACCACAGUCUUGUACAAUUUCAUGUGUAACAGCAGUUGUGUUGGAGGGAUGAACCGCCGUCCAAUUUUAAUCAUUGUUACUCUGGAAACCAGAGAUGGGCAAGUCCUGGGCCGACGCUGCUUUGAGGCCCGGAUCUGUGCUUGCCCAGGAAGAGACAGGAAGGCGGAUGAAGAUAGCAUCAGAAAGCAACAAGUUUCGGACAGUACAAAGAACGGUGAUGGUACGAAGCGCCCGUUUCGUCAGAACACACAUGGUAUCCAGAUGACAUCCAUCAAGAAACGAAGAUCCCCAGAUGAUGAACUGUUAUACUUACCGGUUAGGGGCCGUGAGACUUAUGAAAUGCUGUUGAAGAUUAAAGAGUCCCUGGAACUUAUGCAGUACCUUCCUCAGCACACAAUCGAAACGUACAGGCAACAGCAACAGCAGCAGCACCAGCACUUACUUCAGAAACAGACCUCAAUACAGUCCCAGUCUUCAUAUGGUAACAGCUCCCCACCUCUGAACAAAAUGAACAGCAUGAACAAGCUGCCAUCUGUGAGCCAGCUUAUCAACCCUCAGCAGCGCAACGCCCUCACCCCUACCACCAUUCCUGAUGGCAUGGGGGCCAACAUUCCCAUGAUGGGCACCCACAUGCCAAUGGCUGGAGACAUGAAUGGACUCAGCCCCACCCAGGCACUCCCUCCCCCACUCUCCAUGCCAUCCACCUCCCACUGCACCCCCCCACCUCCAUAUCCCACAGAUUGCAGCAUCGUCAGUUUCUUAGCGAGGUUGGGCUGUUCAUCAUGUCUGGACUAUUUCACGACCCAGGGGCUGACCACCAUCUAUCAGAUUGAGCAUUACUCCAUGGAUGAUUUGGCAAGUCUAAAAAUCCCUGAACAAUUUCGACACGCAAUCUGGAAGGGCAUCCUGGACCACCGGCAGCUCCACGAAUUCUCCUCACCUUCUCAUCUCCUGCGGACCCCAAGCAGUGCCUCUACAGUCAGUGUUGGCUCCAGUGAGACCCGGGGUGAACGCGUUAUUGAUGCCGUGCGAUUCACCCUCCGCCAGACCAUCUCUUUCCCACCCCGAGAUGAGUGGAAUGACUUCAACUUUGACAUGGAUGCUCGCCGCAAUAAGCAACAGCGCAUCAAAGAGGAGGGGGAGUGAGCCUCACCACGUGAGCUCUUCCUAACCCUCUCCUAACUGCCCGCCCCCUACGAGGCACUCCUGCUUAAUCUCCAAAGCCUUCUCCUUAGCUCCUCCCCUUCCUCUUCUGUCUGAUUUCUUAGGGGAAGGAGAAGUAAGAGGCUACCUCUUACCUAACAUCUGACCUGGCAUCUAAUUCUGAUUCUGGCUUUAAGCCUUCAAAACUAUAGCUUGCAGAACUGUAGCUGCCAUGGCUAGGUAGAAGUGAGCAGAAAAGAGUUGGUUGUCUCCUUAAGCUGCAGAGAUUUCUCAUUGACUUUUAUAAAGC